AUGUUGGCGAAUACGCUUGCUUGUUCUGAUUUUAAACAUGCAGAAAUAAAUCGAGUUUGCGAUUUGAGGCGAUAUGAAAAUAAGGAAGUUACAUGGGAACUUGAUGACAUUGUGCAAUAUUGGUCGGCGCAGCACACUGCCAAGCAUUUUUUCAUGCAUAUUUUCAGAUCUUUACCAAAAUUUAGCAGUCAAGAUGACGACGGUACCGAUUCAAAGAAAAGAGAAGUUCCGCAGUUCGAGCCAAUACCACAUGAUCAUAACUUUUGCGAACGUAUUGUUAUAAAUGAUUUGGAUCUUAGAGGUCCUAUUGUAGAUUUAGCAAUAAUGUUCACAACCAUCUGA